UCAGGCUAAGCCUUGGUCAACUGCUGCAUUAGAUUGCUAGCUUGUCGAUCGAGAUGGCCCUGGCGCAUGCACUGGAGAGCGGCAGCAGCAGCAGGCCAUCAGACGACGCCGGAGGACUGCCGGCGGCGGCAGGCCAAGGCCUCCACAGCGGCGGCAGCUGCAGGCCGCGCGAUCGCAUGUUCGAGAAGGUGGUGACGCCGAGCGACGUGGGGAAGCUGAACCGGCUGGUGGUGCCCAAGCACCUGGCGGAGAAGCACCUGCCGCUGCCGGGGGCGGGGGGCACCGUGCUGUGCUUCCACGACGCGCGCGGCCGUGGCGAGGCGGCGACGACGGCGUGGCGGUUCCGCUACUCGUUCUGGAGCAGCAGCCAGAGCUACGUGAUGACCAAGGGCUGGAGCCGCUACGUCCGCGACAAGCGCCUCGCCGCUGGGGACACCGUCUCCUUCUGCCGCGACGGCGCCAGGCUCUUCAUCGACUGCCGCCGCAGGAGGGCGCCCGUCGUCCCUGUCCCUGUCCCUCUAGUGCCGCCACAGCAGCAGGUGCAGCAGCGCUUGGUGGUGGCGCCGCCGCGCGUCGUCUCCAUGAAAGAGGAGCAAGAAGAGGCGCCGCGCGGACGAUGCCUCCGGCUGUUCGGCGUCAACCUGGAGCUGGAGCUGGAGCCGCUGCUGCUGCUUGAUUUGCAGCUUUAAUUUAUAUUUGAUUUGAUUUGAGGACCGGCCCGCCGGCUAGCAGAUAGCAUACCAGAAUCAAUGAAUCACAUGGUUUUAAAUAGCCGGCUAUAGCCCCGCUAUAGCGGAGUUUUUUUAGAGGACUCCCGCUACGCUAUUUGUAUUUGUACCGCUAUGACAGCUAUGGACGCUAAAUUGCGCUAUAGCUGCGCUAAAUGGCAUAGUUUUAGCACCGCUAUAGUCUUAUCUUUAUCUCAGUGCUACUGUUUUG